CAAUUUACUUCAAAAGGUGAAAUAGCGUUGAUGUGGUAUUAUAACAAAAGGUGUUUACUUGGCAUGACGAAUGGUUAUGUAGGAAAUAGAACAACAGCAACAAAUCUUUCCUUUGUGGAUUCCAAUUUCUUUCGACUGGGAUCGAUAUUGUUAAAUGCGUCAUCUUCGUAACAGGAAAAUCUCAAAUGAAAAUUAAUGAUGUCGAAGAUUGGGAUUUCUUUGAAGACGACCGGCAAGAGCUCUGUGAUAGUUAAAGUUUUCCAAGUUAUUGUGGUGACCGCAGUUUGUGGAACCUUCACGUUUGGACAUGUUAUCUCUUUAAUUGUGAUGAUUUGUAACAUGACAAACAUUAUUAUUUUGCCAUUUAUUCUCGUCUACCUGUUUUGGUUUCUCGUAUAUGAUUUUAAGAGAUCAUCCAAGGGCGGCAGAAGAUGGGAGACCUUGCGAAAACUUUCUAGUUGGAAUUACUAUCGAGACUAUUUUCCUGUGCGUCUUGUAAAAACAACUCAACUUAGUCCUGAAAAAAACUAUAUUUUUGGUUAUCAUCCUCAUGGAGUUAUGUGUUCUGGGGCCUGGUGUAACUUUGCUACAGAAGCGACAGGCUUUGGAAAACUAUUUCCUGGACUUACUCCGCAUUUGUUGACCUUGAAAUUAUUACAUUGGUUCCCAUUUUACCGUGAUCUGCUAUCAGCGUUUGGAAUAUGUGAUGUCUCCAAAGAAAGUAUUGUACACAUCUUAAGCAAAUCGGGGGGUGGGAAUGUUGCGAUUAUCGUGGUGGGGGGAGCUGCAGAAUCACUGGACGCUCAUCCGGGACUGUAUCGUCUUACACUGAAAAAUCGAAAGGGUUUCGUAAAAAUGGCAAUCAGAACUGGAGCAUCUCUUGUUCCCGUUAUGUCCUUUGGCGAAAAUGAUCUGUUCAAUCAACCAAAAAAUCCACCAGGAUCGCGACUUCGUCAAUGGCAAAAUUCUAUUCAAAAGAUAAUUUCAUUUGCACCAGUCAUGUUUUUUGGCCGUUUGUUUGUCUUGCCUCAUCAAAAACCAAUCAACACAAUAGUGGGCGCUCCGAUUCAUGUCAAAAAGAAAAAGAAUCCAUCUUUACAUCAAGUGAAUAGAAUUCAUAAGAAGUACAUUAGCAGUCUGAAGAAUAUUUUUAAUCACCAUAAAACAAAAUACGGUGAAAAUGAGUCAACGCCAUUAAUUAUUGAUUAAACAAUACUUACCCGUGUGAAAUAGACGGUAAAAUUUACCGACGGUUUACAGAUGAUUGUUUUCCACUUUAGACGUUUAAUUUUCGUAAAUUUUAUCUGUAAAUUUUCACAAAAUAAACACAUGUAGCUGAGCCCGUUAAGUAAAAAUAACUUCAACGAGGAAAUACUGGUAAUUAAAUGGGGGACAAAUUUAUGUUCAUAGUCGUUUUAUUGUUUAUAGUAAUGGUGUGUAAGUAAAAACUAUGAUAUAUGAACUAAGAUAAAAAAACAACAGAUUUCAUUACUUUAGUUAACCACAAGGCAAACAUAGUUUGUAUGUUUAUCCAACUUCUUCAAAUAUCUUAGAAAUAUACAGGCAGACUGCCCUUUUAUUUCUAAGAGUUGACAUGAUAAAGUAGUAAUUAUAUGAAUUUGCUAUUGUUACAAC